GGCUUUGGCGCAUUUUCGGCUGGUUUGAUUCAUCCAUUUUGAAGAGACGGGGGAGCGGGGGGCUCGUCAGAUUAAGGGGCCCUGAACCUAGGAGCGGCGGAGUUUGAGAAGCCAGCAGCUCGGGGUUCGGCGGCAGCGGCCCUAUCGGCCGAAGUUGGGGGGGGUGGGGCGCCGAGCGCGCGGGGUGGGGGGGGUCCUGGUCUUUGGCUUCUCGACUCGGUCCUGUUUCGACAGCGAACAUGUCUCGGCCUGUCAGAAAUAGGAAGGUCGUUGAUUAUUCACAAUUUCAGGAAUCUGAUGAUGCUGAUGAAGAUUAUGGGAGAGAUUCGGGCCCUCCCGCUAAGAAAAUUCGAUCAUCUCCCCGAGAAGCUAAAAAUAAGAGACGAUCCGGAAAGAAUUCCCAGGAAGAUAGUGAGGACUCCGAAGAAAAAGAUGUGAAGACCAAGAAGGAUGAUUCUCAUUCGGCAGAGGACAGUGAAGAUGAAAAAGAAGAUCAUAAAAAUGUGCGCCAGCAACGGCAGGCAGCCUCUAAAGCAGCCUCUAAACAGAGGGAGAUGCUUAUGGAGGAUGUGGGCAGCGAAGAAGAGCAAGAAGAAGAGGAUGAGGCGCCCUUCCAGGAGAAUUCCGGCAGUGAUGAGGAUUUCCUAAUGGAAGACGAUGAUGAUAGUGACUAUGGCAGUUCAAAAAAGAAAAACAAAAAGAUGGUUAAGAAGUCCAAACCUGAGAGAAAAGAAAAGAAAAUGCCCAAACCCAGGCUAAAGGCCACAGUGACGCCAAGUCCUGUGAAAGGCAAAGGGAAAGCGGGUCGUCCCACAGCUUCAAAGGCAUCAAAGGAAAAGACUCCUUCUCCCAAAGAAGAAGACGAGGAGCCGGAAAGCCCUCCAGAAAAGAAGACAUCUGCAAGCCCUCCACCUGAGAAAUCUGGAGAUGAAGGGUCUGAAGAUGAAGCCCAGUCUGGGGAGGAUUAAAAGUGAUGAUGGUUUGGGGAGAGAUUUUAUUAAAAAAAAAAAAGAGAGAAAAAAAAAAGAAAAAAGAAAAAAGAGGGAAAAAAAAAAGAAAACCUACUUAAGAUAGAAUAUGGUUUUGGCUAUGGCUUGACUCAUGGGCUUUCAGUGCUUUUUUUUUUUCCUUUUAUCGAAAAUAACAUUUUCUCUUUCUCUCUCUUUUUUUAAGAAAACCAUUGUAUGUUUAAUUUACCUUUUUUUGUCUAUUGGUCUUCUCUUUGUCACUCCCCCCUCUUCCCCCUCCCCCCCUUCCCAAUGAAAGCCAUGUUAAAUUAAUCACUGGAUUGACUGCUUCAUCUUUUAUUUUGAAUGGAAGAUAUGCCACAGUUGUAAAGCAAUAAGAUUUGAGGUGAACACUAUGGAAAUUUUGCUUUUUGCUAAAUGGUAGCAAGUUGAACAGUAAUCAAAAAACCAUAGAGGGUUUUAGUUGAAAAUGAUUGCUUCUUUCUCUACCUGAACUUUAAAAAAAAAAAAAAAAAAAAAAAAAUCAGUCAUCAUCUAAUACAAGUUUAUAUUCUAUAUACAAAACUAAGGAUGUCUUAAAAAAAAAUCAUGACUUUAAACUUCCACCGACGGGGCAGGUAGGAGAUAAAAAUGAAUUCUGAAUUGUUCCUAGAAGUAUUCAUAUUUUUUACCUUGGGGCAGGGCAGGGAAUUGAGGUUACCUGACCUUGUUUGAGAGUGUGGGUUUUUUAAAAAAAAACUUCAUCACUUGUUUGUUAUCUCUAAGAGACUCUGAGCCAAGUGAUCCUUUUAUCCUGCUACAGUCUAUAAAGAACUUAAAAAAACAAGGGCCGCCAAAACUUAAAUCACUCUCGAUUUCCUCUUUCAUUUUCUAAUGGCUCAUGUUUUAAAAUAUAUAUAUAUGUAUCUAUUCUGUUUCUUGGAUAAAAUUUUACCAAGGAUCAAAAAAAAAAAAAAAGAAAUUCUAGAAUUUAAAUGGCGAGAUCUCUAUAUCACAGUGACUUUCUUCUCAAACUGACAUGUUUAGGUUUUAAGCAAAUAAAGUACCAGUUAAUGUGAAACUUGAUCACCAAGACUUGAGGUUUUUCCUUUAUGAGAACAGAGAAUUUGAAAUUCUUUUAUGCCAUCAGUGUGCAUUCAGAGCUCAUGAACCAUGCUCCGUUUUUAACUGGGGAUGGAAUGUUUUCCUUUUCCUGCACCGAUCCUCCCAUUUCUUUGUAGAAACACAGUGUGAAGUGCAUCUCUUGGCUGCCCCGCUAGUACACAGACUCCUACCGCACAGCCCACCCCCAGUGUCCCCCAGUCCUGCUCUAGACCCUGAUUGCUCCUUGCCCUGUUCCUCACUCCCUUCACGUUCUGUGCCUGAUGGGAGUAUGUGAAGUGCUGCUCUGACACUGCUCAGUUAGCUUUUGUCUUUUGACUGGCGCCCUUGCUUACCGCUCAUUGCUUAAAGCAGGAGGUAAGGGGAGCUGCAGGGCUGGAAAAACCAUACCUUCAGGAGGCUUAUGUGCUGUUGAUCACAGACUUUACAUGCCUUAUGAAGGCAGUCGGGAGACGGAUCUGUAGAUUGAUUUGCUCCUCUACAUCCUAAUAACGAGUUAACGGGAACAAGGUGUAGGGGUUGUAGGGUGUGGAAACGAAUUGAAAAAUGAGUGAACUGUAACGUCUGCCUUUCUAUCUAGUUUGCUUCCUUGAUAUUAUGCAAUUUGCUUUCUGCCUGCUAACAGCAUAUUUUUCUCUCCAGCAACCUGGCUUUCUUACAGAUGUUCAUAGAACAACAACAACAAGAAGUUACUUAAGGAAUAUUUUUACUCUGGUAAAGUAGACACUGUAAGGAAUAUCCUUACUCUGAUGGUUUUUUUUUUUUUUUCCUUUUAGAAAGCACCCGGUGGCAGAGUCAUUUCACUGUUGCACUGUGUGUGUGAAAGAAUGAAUUUGGAGAUUUUCGUCCUUGGCCAAAAAAAGCAAAACUUGAACAUAAGUAGCGAUUGGAUGAUUAUCUUUCAUGCCGAUUAACUUCAUAGUUGUGAACUUUGUAAUGAGCGUGUUAAAGAUUAUUCUCUCUGCUUUAUGAGUUUGUUCAGGUAUUUUAAACAAGAAGGUUCGUGUUCCCAUAUUAAAAAAAACAACAACAACCUAUCAGUGUUUCCACCACGCACUUCUAUUUUUAGGGGUUUCUCACGUCAAGUCUUACAUUCCUAGUAACCUUUGUGGUUUCCUUAGAUUACAUUUCAUGAAGAUUGGGGGGAAGGGUCUUUGACAACUUGAGCCUUGUAACAUAGUCCCUUUACUGUAUGAAUCUGCACUAACCUCUCUGCGAUACCCACGCACAUCCUUUAGAGGUAAUUCCGUCGUCUAGGUUAUUUGCGUGCGUUUGGCUAGGCUUCCUGAGUGGGAUCUCUUUCUUAAAGAUUAAUUCAUGAGAUUGAAAAGUGUAUUCUGUAUUUCUAAUAGACUGGACAGAAGGAUCUGUGUCCCCAAGAGGCAGGCUCCGAAUGACCUUUGUUGUCUCCAUUUUUACCUGAUGAUUCCAAACGCUCUGGUCUUCCCCUCAAAUCAUGCCUGCAAAUAGGACAGCAGUGGUGUCUCAACUGGAAACAGGUGCUCAAUAGUCAGGCUUGACAGUGAUGUCAGGACGGGUUACAAGCUCUAAGCUGGUAGUGACUGGCCACUGGCGCCCCCCUUGACUCAACGCCCUCUUUUUCUCUGGUGUGCCUAUGGUGAAAUGGCGACAGCGUUCACCCUUGUGAUUUGCAGUGCUCAGGAAGUGGGAAUUCCCUUUGAGAGUGCUUGUUUGUGUUCCCUCGGUUCUCUAGGUCGGCUCUGUUAGGUUUGCCUCCGGAACAUGGGUGUCGGCAGCUAUGCUGACUGACAGACACUACAUUCUCGUUCUACUAAGAUGCUUUGUUUCACGCUUCCGUCCCCAACCUGGACACACACAGAACGAGAACUGGGUGGCGUCCAUCUAUUUGUAGCUUGCUGCUGCUUUUAGCCUUCCCCAUCUCGGAAGGGAAUCAAUGGAAUUGGCCCAAAGGAUACAUUUUCGUUUCAAGGAUGGUGGAUUUGUCCUGCUUUCCAAAAACCUCUCUCCCUGACAUAUUUCCACUUCCUAUGGAGUCCGUGAAGGAGAAAUCAAUGGCUGUGUCCUCCUUUAGGGAGGUAGUGAGUGGAAAUCUUUGAGUCUGGAAGAAUUGUGGUGGAUUUCCCAGCUACUAUGGAGCUUUGAUACCAGUUGUGUGUUUUUGUUUUUCACCGUAACUGCUUUGCCCCAAGUUCAUCUCUCAGUUCAAUUCUUCCUCUUGGUACUGGUUCAGGUAGCAUUUUCUUGCAGGUAACUAAUCAAGAGUGGAAUUUGAAGUUACAAUCCAGUCAAGUGUUUGAGGUUCUUUAGGAUAGGAUCAACUAAACUGAACUUGACACUUUUUUUUUUUAACAUUAUUUGUGUGUGGUGUGUUUUGCUUUUGGUUUUUAAUCCAUGAACAUUCAAGUAACAAGUGGAUUUUAAAGUGCUAGGUGGGGAAAGGGAAUAGUGCUUUCCUUUAAAAAAAUAAAUAAAUAAAAAGUUUAGGAGAUGCUUUAUGAGUAUUAAAAAGGCAAGAGCAGAAUUAAAUUUUCCCAGGAGCAACAGGGAAAGCUUUAUAAACGAUUGUGUGGCCAUUCUGGCUUAAGCUAUGAAGAAAGGAAGUUUUGAUUUGAUCGGUUCUUUCUGUGCCUGCGUUACCAGUAGCUACACUGAGAAGAAGCUAUCACCUUAGGAGUUUGGAAAGGAAGGAACCUGGCCUGUGGUUUUUAUGGCAUUCAGACAAAACAAGUACUAAACGUCUCCUGUCCAGGGAUAGCUCCUGAGGUUAGAGAGUUGUCCUUUUCUCUGCGUGGAGCUGGGUUUAUUUGAAAAGGAAGUUAGUUUAUUUGAAUAAUGGGACAUCAAACUACCUAAGCCAAAUUUCAGUAUAGAACCCAUUUUCUCUUUUUUUCCCUCGAUAAGCUAGAUACAGAAGACUCCAAACCCCAGGUCCCUAAGUUACACUUCUUUUCAAAGCCUAAUUCACAGAAUUCACAGUGGUGCUGACUGUGUAUUAACCACUAUUUGGAAAAAUCCUGUAAACCUGCCUGUUGCCAUGCCAAUGGAGUGACUGAACUGGUGACAUCGGAGCAUGCUUUGUGUGGCUGGUGGUAAUGCCACCAUUGUGCAUAUACUUUGUACAUCAGGGGUGAAGGGAGGGUUUUCUAGAUUAUGGGGGGAGGGUAAAAUUGGGACUUUUUUUUUGGUUGUUCCUUUUUUGAUGGGGUGUAGGGGUGUAGUACUCAGCUUAUGCCCUAAAUAACUUGUAUAAAAACCCCCAAAGUAUUGUGUGGGUGUGUGGGUGUGAGUGUGUGUGUUUGUUAUAUGUCUGGCAAAUGAAACCUUUGUCUUCUGGAAAUUAGUGAAUUCCUCUCUCUCUCUUUUUUUUUUUUUUCCCCUCCAGAAGUAUUUGUUACAAGAUUUGUAAAUAAGAGCUCUACUUAGUUUGUUUACCAUGAACAUGUUGCAGCAAAAACCUUCUUACACCUAAUUCCUGCAAGAUGGAAGGAAAGACUUUAAGACUUGCCAGGUUAAGCAGCAGCCAAGUUCUCAGUCAUGGUUUGCCUUGAUUCAUCUUUCAGACUUCGUUUCGCCAUCUCUAAACUUCCCAGUCUUCCUUGAUUUGAGUCCUUAAUCUUUUAGGUUCUGAGCAGGAAGGGUAAAAGAGAAGAACCUGCCUAA